CCAUAAAGGUUGCUUUAGCUCUCUACCCAGGAAAGCUCAAGCUUUAGAUCUUCUGAAUUCUGAGUCUCCACAUAUACUUUCACCAACUGGGUUUCUCUUUUCCUUUUCCUUCAGAAGAGAUUGAAUCCAUUUUCCAUGGAUGAUGAAGAGACUAGACAGGCUUCAAGGAGGGUCCUAUCCAUCCAGCUCGACCAAGAAGACUCAGAUUUGGCUCUUGCUAUGUCACUGCAAGAACAGGAUAGGGGAUUUUUGAUGUUUACACUGAGUGAAACCGAUGAAGAGGAGGAUUACAAUGAUGGAGGGGAUGAAGGAGUUGAAGAUGGUGGGGACAACAUGGAUUUAUUGGAAGAUGGUGAUGCCAAUGAUGAAAUGGAGUUCCAGGAUGAAGAAGAUGAGGAUAUGGAGGAAGACGAUCUCGAUCCAGACGACUUGUCUUAUGAGGAGCUGAUUGCUCUGGGGGAGAUUGUUGGAAAAGUGAAUAAAGGACUACCAGCAGAUGCAGUCACCGCACUUUUGCAUCCCUAUGAAUUCAAGUGCCAGAGUGAGUGCAAAAAUGGUUUGGACCGAAAUGGCAGGUGCGUGAUCUGUCAGGUUGAGUAUGAAGAAGGAGAAUCACUAGUAGCCCUUCCUUGUGAACACCCCUACCAUUCAGAUUGUAUAAGCAAAUGGCUUCAAAUUAAAAGGGUUUGCCCAAUAUGCAGCACUGAAGUUUCCCCAUCUGAACAUUCCUCUUCAGCCCUUGAAAAGAACACCUAAAGAUAUAUAUAUAUAUAUAUAUAUAUAUGUUUUUUUUUUUUCAGUUAAUAUUCUCAAUAAAAUCUGAAAGUUGUAUA